AUGUGAUCAGCUGUGUCCAAUCACAGCUGAUCACAUCAGCGCCACCCAUCAGUGUCCAUCAGUGCCAGCUCUGUGCUCAUCCAUGCCACCUGUCAGUGCCACAUCAAUGCCACAUAUCAGUGCCCAUCUGAGCUGCCUUUUAGUGUCACCCAUCAGUGUGCACCUAUCAGUGCUGCCUAUCAGUGCCACCUGUCAGUGCCAUAUAUGAGUGCUGCUUUUCAGUGCCCAUCAGUUAUGCCUGUCAAUGCCCAUCAGUGCCACCUACCAGUGCCUCUUCAUCAGUGCCACCUAUCAGUGUCCAUCAG